UUUCAGUUAUUUAAUAUACAUAUUUAUUAAAAAAUAUAUGUUUAACUAUACUAAAAUUUAAUAAUAUUAUUCACACAAAGAAACAAAAUACGUAGUAUAUGCAAAAUCAGAAAGUUCCUCCCACUUUUUCGAGCAUGUUCACGUAAAUUCUUUGCCAUUUAGCAACUCGUCUCUUGUAGUACAAAAAUAAUUCGCAACAAUUUUACUGAGCGAGAAAUCUUUCGUCGGCAAAACACACUCAAACGACAAUGAAAAGCUCUAUACUUGUAGAUACUAUUGAAUUUUCUCGGAGAUUCCCGUAGGUUAAUGCCACUACGUCAGUCACGUUUUGCCGCUCUCUCGUAGAUACGUCUGUAUGUAAACACGCUUUUAGGGUGCUAUGUGUUCUUAUCAAUUGCGGCAGAAGCAAUUGCCAUUGUUUUUGUUGUUCUCUCGCUAAUUUUUUCGCCAAUAUGUGAGAGUAUAAAAGAGCCAGAGUCUACAACAAUCGGCAUCAGUUAAACAGAAAAUCACAAAAGAUAAACGCGUUGAAAAAGCGCCCAUCAAAGCAAAAGCUAACAAAAAAUUAAAAUAUUUCAAUUUCGAGCAUUUAUUGAAAGUGAAAAGUAAUUCAAAAGUGAAAAAUGGCAAAUCUACCUUUAAUCUUGAGCCUGGCCGAUGACCUCAGCCGCUUGACGCCAUUCUACGAACCGGCCUUCUAUUCGCGGUGGCCAGCACUAGCUGCCGCACCCGGAACUCAACUGCGUAAAUUCGAAAAGGACUUACCCGUAGCGACAGUGGGCAAGGACGGCUUUCAAGCCAGUUUGAAUGUGCAGCAAUUCAAGCCCAGUGAGUUGAAUGUAAAAGUGGUCGUUGAUCACAUCGUGGUCGAGGGUAAACAUGAGGAGCGUGAAGAUGAUCACGGUUACAUCUCACGACACUUUGUUCGUCGCUAUGCUUUGCCAAAGGGAUUCCAGGCCGAUAAAGUUGUGUCCACACUGUCUUCAGAUGGCGUUUUAACUGUACGUGUGCCGAAGCCAGCUAUCGAGGAUAAGUCCAAUGAGCGUGUGGUCCCAAUUCAACAAGUUGGUCCCGCACAUUUGAAUGUGAAGGAAAAUCCCAAAGAAGUCACCAGCGAGGAGCAGGCAAACGCUUAAGCGCUCACUGUCUUCACUCGCUUUGCUGCUCAGGGUUGAUUCAGUCAAUUCAAUUGAUUCGUUUCACUGUUAAUUCACUUCAAUCAAUAUACAUACACACAUAUAUGUACAUAUGCAGUUAAUUGUUGCCAAAAAUUGUAUUAUGAAAUAAUACUGUAUCUUUUCUAAAAUAUAUAUUCUAUCAUUUAAAUAAAUCUUAAUAUUAAAAAA